CAUAGAGAGGGGGGACGUUCUCUCCGGCCUGCGGGAAGAGCCGGAAGCGCGCUCGCCAUUCGGAAAUGACGACGUUCGAUACGGCCAGGACGAGGUGGCCGCGUUGUUGCUGUUGAGGGCGGCGGCGGCGGCGGCGGCGGUGGUGCGGUUCCCCCGCAGGAGUCUCUGGAUCCUCCUUGCUGCUCUUGAACCCAUCCCUGCCUGGCACACCAUGGUGUCUUACCACAUCCGCCAGUACCGUCCCGGGGACUACGAGACGGUGCGGGACUUGUUUGCCACCGGGAUGAGCGAGUACGUGCCCACUCUGUGCAUCCACAUGCUGAAACAGCCUUGGGUCAUUCUGAUCCUGACUUGCACCUUCAGCGUUCUGUUCACCAGUUCCAAGUCGUUGCUCCUACCCAUCCUGGCUAUCACUCUGCUGCUAGCCAUGGGCCGGCAACUCCUGGGUUACAUCUGGUCCAUGUACAUUGACCACUGCCUGCAGAAAGACCUGCUGGACAUCCAGGCCACGUACUUCGGGGGCAAAGGCUCGUGCUUUUGGGUGGCCGAAGUGGAUGAGAGCGUGGUGGCCACGGUUGGGGCCAGACCCUCUGAAGAACACCGCAACGAACUCAUGUUGAAACGGAUGUCCGUUCGGAAAGACUAUCGGGGUUUUGGCAUCGCCAAGGCCCUCUGCAAGACCGUGAUCUGCUUUGCCCGGGAGCACGGCUACUCCUCCGUGGUGCUGAACACCCUCAUGGUCCAGCAUGAAGCCCGGGCAAUGUACGAAGGAGUUGGCUUCCGCAAGUAUUACCACUACAUCCUCCCCACUGUCUACGGCAGGCUGGCCAACUGUACGAUUUCCAAGUAUCGCUACGACAUUCCUAGCGCCGAGUGAGGAAACCGCCAGAGGAUUGUCCUCCGGCGAUGGGCUGGAUCUGCCCUCCCACCCCAUUUCUUCUUCCUGCAGCUGGGCCACCCCGCGAAGUCAACAAAAGGGCAGGGGAAGCGGUUAAGAUUUCACACACUGCACCAACAACAAAGAUGCGUAUCCAUUUCCGGAUGCUGAUUUUUUUUUCCCCCAAGGCGGCUUUUGGGGCCUUCUAAAGUUUUAGCAAUGUGGGAAGGAAAACUCCCCGUCUCCUCGCAGCGUCUUUGCAAGUGAGGGGGAAAAAAUGUACAUUUUUAUCGGCGGAGAAGAAGAGAUUUUCCCAUCUGCCCCAUUGAGCUGUGGCCUUGGGGUUAACCAUUCUAAACUCACAUCCACGUGGCCCUUUUCGGAGAGCUGUUCUCAUGACAGCUAACCACCAGUGGGCCAGGGAAGUCUGUUGGCUGGGUGCUUUUUUGCCUAACCUGCUUGGAUUAGCGGAAGCUGUUUCUUUCAUCUCGCCCCAUUGGAAAAAAAGAGCAUUUUCUCUCCCUUCUGCAGGGUACACGGCCCCUGGCGUUCUGCUGACUGGGAGACACAAGCAACGUGGUCUCUUUAUUUCCCAAUCUAUGGCUUGCUUCUCAGGCCUGCAAAGUAACCCCACUACUACUACGGCAUUGGUAGUGAUCCCCCCCCCCCCAAACACCUAUGCUUGGAUAUCUUGGACUAGCUUCUGGCUGUGGUGGGUUUCAGCGGCUUGAGCCCCCAUCCUGAGUGCACUUUGGAGGGCUGAGCAGAGAAGGGCUGCCUCGGACUAAGUUCUAUCUCCCUGGGUCUGUUUUGAGCCAUAUUCCUGCUGGAGGAGUCCUGUUCCUUGUUUCUCCAGAUUACGGGGACGUACUGUUCCUUUUAUACAGGUAGUCCUCAACUUAUGACCACGGUUGAGCCCAAAGUUCCCAUUGCUAAGCAAAAUGUAUUCGGUGAGCUUUGUCCCCGUUUACGGCCUUCCUUGCCACAGUUGUUAAGCGAACCACUGCCACAGGGUUGUUAAGUGAAUCUGGCUUCCCUCCAUUGACUUUGCUCGUCAGGUCGCAAAAGGGAAUCACGUGACAUCACCACUCCCCCAGAGAUGCUGCAGUUGUCAUAAGUACAUGCCAGUUGCCAAGCCUUUGAAUUUUGAUCACUUGACCACAGGGAACGCCGCAAGGGUCCUGUGAAAAAUGGUUUAAGUCACCUUUUUUGAUCGUGGCAUCACUUCCAACGGUCAGUAAACGAACAGUUUUAAGUUGAGGACUUCCUGUAUCGAUCUUAGUAUGGCUGGAUGGUGUCAAUGAAGGAUUAGGAAUUAAUUCCUAUAGGAAAAUGUCCCCAACAAGGUGUUUUUCUCUACAUGAUCAAGCCCCAAAUCCCAAAGGUUUUUUUUCAGGAGGCAACUGGACUUUGUCUUUGAAGACGUUUUGCUUCUCAUCCAAGCAGCUUCUUCAGUUCUUGACUGGGUGGUGGGGAAGGAAGGAAGGAAGGAAGGAAGGAAGGAAGGAAGGAAGGAAGGAAGGAAGGAAGGAAGACAAGCUUGGAAUUUAGGAUGGAUGGAUGGUCUGGAUAGAUGAAAGAAAGGUCUGGAAUUUAGGAUGGAUGGAUAGGUGGCUGGAUGGGAGGGAGGGAGGAAGAUCUUAAAGGCGCUUUCUCAGGAAGCAACUUGUUUUCCUUUGAAGACAUUUCCCUUCUCAUCCCAGAGGCUUCUUCAGCUCUGACUGGAUGGUGGGGAAUGGAAGGAUUUAUACUCCUUGCAGGCAGCUGGUCAUUUGCCUCCGUUUAGAGAGUCGUUGAGGCCACUGUUGAGGUUUACCUGUGUCCUCAGGGUCACCUGAGUGGUGCAAAUUGGUGUGGAGUCUCCUUGGCUGCAGGAUGUUUUUCUGGCCUGGGUCCUUUCACCAUUGAAUACAGACGCAGGCUGUUGGGGAUGAGUCUGGGUUGUCUGAAUCUCAAACUAAAGCGCAAAUGUUUCCUGGAGUCUACAAUCUUUUCUGGAAAUCCGUUCACACUCCCACACCCUUCGAAGGGUGUUCAUUCCCAAAGUGCAUCGCUAAAUGUCGAUGGAGAUUCUCAGGUCAUGGCGAAACGUUUUUUAAGAAGAGACUGGACAGCCAUUUGUCUGAAAUGGUAUAGGGUUUCCUGCCUGAGCAGGGGGUUGGACUAGAUGACCUUCAAGUUCCCUUCCAACUUUAUUAUCGUUAAACGUCUUCAAAGAAAAAUAAAGUGCAGUUGCCUCCUGAAGAAGCACCUUUGGGACAAACAUACCUGGAUGACUGAGAAUCUCCAUAGACAAGUCCCCAAAUUCUUUAUCCCUGUUUUAUGGGGGAGCUGUCUUAAUCCCUCAAUUUUUGGAAUCAACCAUUUUUCUCAGCUCUCUCAGAGGGGAGACAAUUAAACAUUUCUCUGGCUGGCCUUUCAA